AUGGCAACUGACAAAGCCACUGAGAGUUAUGUUCAACCAGCGAUUCCACGAUUUGAUGGUCAUUACGACCAUUGGAGCAUGCUGAUGGAGAAUUUUCUCAGGUCAAAGGAGUACUGGAAUCUUGUGGAAUCAGGAAUUGACGCCCCAGCAGAGGGAGUUGUGUUGACUGAACAACAACAAAAGAGGGUUGCUGAACAGAAGCUGAAGGACUUGAAGGUGAAAAAUUACCUUUUUCAGGCACUUGAUCGAUCCAUCCUGGAGACUAUACUCGAGAAGGAGACCUCCAAACAAAUAUGGGAUUCUUUGAAGAAGAAAUAUGAAGGGUCAGAUAGGGUGAAGCGUGCAGUGCUUCAAACUCUAACAAGGGAUUUUGAAAAUCUACAAAUGAAAUCAGGAGAGUCCAUCACUGAUUUCUUUGCUAGAACCCUGGGAAUAGCAAGCAAGAUGAGAUCCAAUGGUGGCACCAUGGAAGAAGUCAAAGUUGUGGAGAAGAUUAUGAGAUCAUUGACUCCAAAAUUUGACUACAUUGUCUGUUCAAUUGAGGAGGCAAAGAAUGUUGCUGAGUUACGAGUUGAUGAACUACAAAGCUCUUUGUUAGUGCAUGAACAAAGACUUAACCGCACCACUGCCAGUGAAGAACAAACAGCUCUAAAAGCUUCCACUUUUUCUGAGCCCUCAAGUUCUAGAGGAGGAAGAGGUCAUGGAAGAGGUGGACGUGGUAGAGGAAGAGGUGGUCGUGGUCAUCGAGGUGGUGGACGGUCUGGACAUAGAGAUGAUAGCAAGUCAUCUCAUGGUUUCAAAAGAGAUGAUGACUCUGAAGAAAAAGGAGCAUAUCACUUUGAUAAGUCAAAAGUGGAGUGCUAUAGAUGUGAGCUUAAGGAGAAUGUAGAGUCUAGUGCCAUUGUCAUGGUUGGUUUCCAUUGCCCCUAA